CAUCCCUCCGCACAGGCUGCGUCCGUUCGGUCGCCGCACAGUUCGGAAAUCACACGGAGCUCCGCUGCCCACCGGCCGCCCCCGCAUCCUCCCAUCUAAACCCGACAGCGGGAGGAAUGCUGGACGAGAGGGCAUCGGUUUAACGCCCAGCGAGCGAGCGAGCGAGCGAGCCGGCGCACGGCUUCGGGAUUCGACUGGAUUUUGGGCGUAAAUUGUCGGUGAUGGAAUUCAUUUAGUGGAAGCGCAGCGCAGAGCAGCGCAGCCGCGGUCGUCAACAAUCCAGCUGAAUAUGUGCAGGCGGUCUUGAGAAGCCGGACCACAGUACCAGCGGGGGGCACCAUGGGUGACGGAGGAGCUCUGCGGACGGAAGGGAACGCCCUGCUGAAGGCCGUCUUCCAGGGCAAGCUUCGCCUGGCUCGCCUGCUGCUGGAGGGCGGCGCGUACAUCAACGAGGGCAACGAGCGUGGCGAGACGCCCAUCAUCGCCGCCUGCCUGGCCGAAUGCGAAGACGCGCCGACCCGUCUCAAGAUGGUACGCUACCUUCUGGAGAAGGGCGCCGACCCGAACAUCCCUGACAAAUCGGGUCGGACCGCGCUGAUGCACGCGUGCGCCGAGCGCGCCGGCAAAGACGUGGUGGCGCUCCUGCUGGAGAACGGAGCCGAUCCGAGUCUUAAGGACUACUCCGGGUCCUCGGCUUUGAUGCACGCCAUCAACCGAGGUGACCGAGAAACCUUGCAGGUCCUCCUAGACGCCUGUAAAGCCAAAGGCAAAGAGGUCAUCAUUAUAACAACCGACACCUCACCCUCGGGCACCAAGAAGACCAAGCAGUACCUGAACUCUCCGCCCUCGCCCGGCGUGGUGGACAAAAUCUCGCCCGCCUGCAUGUCUCCAUCGGAGGUCGAAAUCCGAACCUCCAACUCGCCCGCCGGAGAGGAGGAAGAAGGCAUUUUUAGCUUCGCUCUGACCUCCGCCCUUCCUCUGCCCUCCAACAGGCCGCCCGGCGAGAAGAGGCCACCUCCGCGCAAGCUCCUGAAACGAUUAAACUCGGAACCCUGGGGUCUGGUGGCACCCAGCGUCCUGGCUGAGAGAGGACAGCUGGCAGAGACGAGCCUAGCGGAAGAGGAGAAGGUGGUGUCCGAGAUGAACGGACUGUCCAUCUCCGGUCCGGGCAGACCACUGCUCUCACGCAGGCACAGCAUCGAAACACACGACCCCUGCUCGCCCAAGGUGAUCGACCGCUCCUGCUCGGAGGACUGCGCGGCGCUCUGCGGCUCCUCCUGGGCCGACAAGGUGCAGCAGCAUCAGUCGCUGUAUCGCAGGAACACGGCUCCCGAAUCGCAGGAGAACGCGAAUCAGUCCCGCGCUCUGCCGCACCCUAAACUCACCCGUAUGGAGCACUACGAGUCGGACACGCACCUGUGCCCCGAGUCCAUCCCCGGGUCUCCGGAUUCAGGCCGCGUCUCGGUGGAGCGACGCAAGUACAACGCCUCCCCUCUGUCCCUGCUCACGAGCUCCUCUCGGGAGUCCCUGGAGAGCAUCCCAAACUCGGUGUCCCCCAUCACCAUGAGAAGGAGACCCCCAGGCUUGCUGGAGCGCAGGGGCUCGGGGACGCUCCUGUUGGACCACAUCUCGCACACCCGGCCCGGGUUCCUCCCCCCGCUCAACGUCAACCCGCAACGGCCCAUCCCAGACAUCCGGACCAACGGCAAGCCCUCCUCGCCAGUGCACUCCGGCAACAAGAUCCUCCUGCCUGUAGCACCCACGUCACCAAAGCGCAUUUUGGACUUCAAGAUGAAGAAGAAGCUUAUAAGGAGGCACUCCAUGCAGACGGAGCAGAUGAAGCAGCUCUCCGCCUUUCAGGAGCUUCUGGCCGAGAAGGUCAUGGAGGUCAACGGAGACUAAGAGUAACGAUAGUGAGAGGAAUAUAACACGUAAACAAUCAGUCGUAAAUUAACCGCAAAUUCUGCCACAUCAAUAUACCAGAUAUUCGUUGGGCGGUUGGCAAAUAGUCCUUAAAACAAACGUUUUGAUCCAGAUUAGGGUCGCAGCUCCACCUUAAAACACCGGGGCAAGACAAACGCUCCCUUAAAAGCCGCUCACUUAUUCACUCACACCGGGGUCACAAUUCAUUCAUUCAUUGUCUGUUUUGGGUGCAUCACAGGGCACACACACUGUGGGAGGAAACCGGAUCUCCCGGAGGAAACCCACACAAACAAGAGAGAACAAGAAGGUCCCGGACCGCUCUACAUGGGAAUUGAACCCAGGACCUUCAUAUUGUGAGGCGACAGGGCACUAUUUAAAACUCCAAUAAAGGUUCUGCAUAUUUUUGGGGGUUUAAGGAGAUCAGAGUACCUGGAAAGACCACCAUGUGGCACCCACUCCACCAUCGGUGGCACUGUGGUGCCGUAGCUGCAUCGUCGGCAUGAUCUGCAUUUCAUUCAUAUCGUUCAGGUCCAGUUCAGGUUCAUGGGUUCAUGGGUACACCAUGGAUAUGGUGCCAACUAAUCCAGGGCAAUACACUGAUGCACAUUUACCAAAUGUUGCUGUGGUGUUGACCACACACGCCCACUUUAUGUGCCAGCUUUGCCACUGUUGUGGUCUGAAAUUAAAAUUAUUGGUUUCCAGUGGGUCCCACCACAGGUCUUUGGUUUGGUGUACGCCAAAUUCUAAUCAAUGGCGAUAAAAUGCACAUACAGCAGCUCUGAACCUGCGGUUUGUGGCGUCUUCAAAACUGCUCUGCAUAUCGCUGCCCAGGUCGUGAAACCAUGUAGACGUGAUUUACAUACGAGAAAACACACACACAGACACACACACACACACACGACCAUAAUAACCAUUCAGGCUUUUUUGAACCUUGGUGUUUUUCAGAGAACCGACCCACGUUUCCACCAAUCACUCACUGACUGUCUUAACCGCUUAUCCAAUCAGGGUCGCGGGGGUGCUGGAGUCUAUCCCAGAUUUUCAAUGGGCGCAAGGCACACAGUAACACCCUGGACGGGGCGCCAGACACAUACUGUAUAAACACAUGCACAUACACACACCCAUUCACCUUUAGGGCAAUUCAGUGUCUCCAAUUAAUUUGACUGCACUGCAUGUUUUUUGACUGUGGGAGGAAGCCGGAGCUCCCGAAGGAAACCCACGCAGACACGGGGAGAACAUGCAAACGGCGCAGAAAGGACCCGGGCCGCCCCGCCUGGGGAUGGAACCCAGGACCUUCGUGCUGUGAGGCGACAGCGCUACCCACCGAGCCACCGUGCCGCCCAUGGAUCAACCUCUUUAUUCUGGUCAGGGUAGCGAGGCAGGACAGGCAGCUCCACCACACUUCCCCCAGACACAGCCAGUCAUCAUGUCUGUGUGGACACCCGUCCGGCCGAUAUCACCUCUGAGAAUAGAACCCAUAACGAAUCUCCAAACGAUCCCUCGUCCUUUACAGUAUGUUUACAGUAAAUCAGAUUAGUACGUCUCUCAAGGAGCAUUUAAACAUUAAAACCACUAAAAACUGUAUUAUUACCUCACGUCCAAUCUGUUUUCACUUUAAUAAGAUCGACUUGUGACUAUUUUGCUCAGCCGUAGCGUUAGGAAUCAAAACAAAACAAAGAAACAGCGCUGAAGUGUGACAGAAACCUUUGACCUUACUUUAUAGAGGUGUGGAACGGACACUCUGUGUGUGCUUUUAUAUAAAGAGAAGAAAUAAAGUGCAAUUCUUAAUUCAGAAUCCCAAAGAAAUCCCAUGAAACCCGUUCUCGCUCACAUUUUACGACGGCGUAUCAGGGCCACUGUAAAAAAAUAUUUGUAAGUUUUGAUUAUGAGUCGAUGGUGGGGGUUAAACCGGCAACCUCAUGAUUACUAGUCCAGUACCUUACAUGACUACUAGUCCAGUACCUCAACCGCUGAGCUACCACUGUCCCUUUUGUUUAUGCAUUUUCUCCCUUUUUCUCCCUUUUAACGUGUACAGAGAGACACACCCUGAUCAGCACACUCUCUCCCCGUCUCUGUGCAGGCGCCAUCAAUCAGCCAGCAGAGGUCGUAAUUGCAUUACUCAUGAGAGAGACCCAUCCGGCUUAAUCCCACCCCUAUAUGAACAACUGGCCAAUCGUCGUUCAUGUAGUUGCUCAGCCCAGUCAGCAGGUAGAGCCGAGACUCGAUACGAUGUACUCGAGAUCCCGGCUCUGGUGUUCCAGCAUGUGUUUUUACCACUGCGCCACGAAAUCGAAACUUAAAGUUCUAUAUUUUUUACAGUGGCCCUAAUACGCCGUCGUACACGUUUACCAAAACGCAGGAAUGCACAGAGAAUCUCGACGCGAAAGAAAGGCGUGAAUCUGGAACCAUGUGCGCCCAGAGAAGCGCACAUGUAGAUAUUGUACAGUUUUCCCACACGCUAAAACCAUUCGUCUCUUUAUUAUUUAUUAUUUAUUUAUUUAUUUAUUUAUUUAUUUAUUUGGGUAUUUUGUGUGCAAUAUUCUGUGCCGCGGGAUCUCCGGUUUAAUCUCAUCGUGGUGAACUUGGCUGAUUAAAAACGUGGGACUCGAAGUUCACGGACCGAACGGACCUGCAGAGGACUGCUGGAAUUCACUCUGGUUAUAAAAUGGAAUUAUUUUUAAUGUGGUGUUUGUCGGUGUAGAGAGAGAAAUAUAAAUAAAUCUAUAUACAGAUACACACGAGUACGUUUAACGAAGCUACAACGUGGUUACCAGUCUCGCUUUCGUUCGUCGGAGCUCAAAAUAUUUCAGUGCUUUUAGUUGGCGGUGUUGAUUAUUUGUGUGAGUUUUACUUUACUGUACUGUAAUAUAAAAACAAAAGAAAACAACACUAAAAAUGAAGAGUAAUUAUUUUUUUAAUACCUCUGUGACGGGAACAUUUUCAUCAACUGUUUAUCCUCCGAAUCAUGAGUGAUUAUUGUUUUUGUAUUUGUUCAGGUGGAAAUAAUCUCUACUUUCACUGUUAGAUUUGCACAGGGACGUUUUACACAUAUUUCAACAUGUAAAGUGACUAAAUAUAUAAAGUUCUACACGUGUUUAAAGCUGCAGUAUGUAACUUCUUUAUAUGAAUAGUCUGUAUGUAGUAUUUCUUUAUCCGGACAUGUUU